UUUAGAUUUAGUAGUGUUCAGUGUUCAGAAGCUACAAGUACAGCGUGUUCGUUGUGUCGGAAGCGACAUUCGGAAAGUGAAAUUUUCUAUGAAAAAAACGAAACAAUUGUUACACAAAUUUGGAAGUGCGCUUCUUAGGAUAAUUCACGAGAGGUGGUGCUGUAGCAAUCUGCCUGCUUUCAUUAAUUUAGCAAUCUGAAUCAUCCAAUAUGCGCUAUCAAGAUAUUCUGCUCGGUAUUGCCGUGGCUUGCCUAAUGGGUUUCAUUUGUGCUGAUGCGAAGACUAUCUUCCGACGUGCAGAUAAGAUAUCUCACCCUUUUCAGCGUCUUAACUUGCCUCCGGAAGAAAUCGAUCCAAAUGUUGCACCGCCCGAGCCUCAAAAAAUUGAAACCCUCAAUUCUGAAGACGUUUCAGGCUUUGGAAAUGAUGAAACAACACAAUUUCCAGAUGAUAUUGUAGAUCAGGCAGAAGAAUCGGUAGCUUUGGCAAAUGAAGUUGGUGAUGAAGCAGUGAAUGAGAUAGAAGAUGCUGUUACUGCAGCGCCUAUAGAUGCUACACCGGCAGUAACAUCACCACUAGCUUCACCAGCUGUCACAUCGAGUAGUUCGGCUUCUAGCGCUACUGACGCAACUACCUUGCAGAGUCAAGAUGAUAACAAUCCAAUCAGUAAAUACUGUAAAUGUACCGACGAUCAUUGCGAUUGCUGUCGACAAUUUAAUUUGCCGCUAAUACCAGUGCGUGGUCCAGGAUGUGCAAAAAUUACAUAUUUAGGUGAUGAGCGUAUGUCGGUAUCGCUGAAGUAUGGGGACAUUACAUUGGCAACACGCACGAUUUCCGGUAAGCGCGCUAAACCAAUUUGUGUCGGCUUGCCUGGUGGCUAUUCUAAAUUCUGCGGACGCGUUUAUGGUUUGUCUAGAACUAAGAAUGACUUUAAAGCGUGCUUGGGCUUUGAGUUGAGGGCAGAGGAUGAAGUAGAGGCAGCUUUGCGGGUUUCGUGUUUUAAAUUUGGACCUGAGGGCUUGAGAGUUGCUGAUGCUGAACCGUUACCUACUGAGGGGAACAAGGAUGACGAUGACGACGACAUUUUCGGCUUUGGAGCUGGUGGUGAUGAUGAUGAUGAUGACUACGACGAUGAGACCGAGGAGGCUGACGAAGUCGAUGAUGAGGAUGAUGAAGGUGACGAAGACGAUGAAGCUGAAGAUGAUGAUGAGGUUGAAGCUGAAGCGCCCGCCGAUGCCGAUUAUGGUGGAUUCAGCUUAGCCGGCCUUCUUGAUGAAUUGGCCGAUGAUGAUGAUGAGAAACCAGGCCCAGCUGUAUCCGUUGCCCCCGCUUUACGAAGUGCUGAACACAAGGACACCGCACAGGGUAAGGAUAAUGAAGUUACCGAUUUGGCGGAAGAAAGUGGUCAAAUACCCAUCGUAUCAGCUGGAGAAAAUAGUGCUGUAAUACCCAUACCCGCAGGAGCUGACACGACGAAAGUGAAGCCUACAAAAAAAUCGAAAAAGACGCGCAAACAAAAGAAAAAGAAGGCUGUGUCGACAGGCGAAAAUGAUUUUGCCAUUGAAAUAUUGAAUGGCAUACUGGAUUUUUUUAAUUGAGCCUGCACACCAAGCUUGUAAAUACGAUUUGUUACAGCGGAUUGAUCGCGCACGCUAUGACUAAAAAUAGAAAUUAGCUUAAGUAAGGACGAAUACUGAAACAAAUUAUUUAUUAUUUAUUAAUUCUAACUUAUUUAGCGUAAUAAAAAUAUAUAUAGUAGGUAAUUUGAUUCAUAAGUGAAAAAUGGAAAAUUAUUCCAAGAAAAACGAUAUCCAAUUUUUAUGAGACAGUUCUUGACCGACUUUUCUAAACAGAAACAGUCGUUUUUCGGUUGAAUCAUGUUUAAAUGAUGUGAAAAAACGCGGAAGUUUCACUAUCAGCUACUUUAGAUACGGUGAAAUUUGUUUAUUUGUGCGAAGAAAUGUUUCUAUGUAUAUAUCUAUAGCAUUUUAAAAUAUAAAAAUAACUAAUCAAUCUAGUGAACAUUCUAUAGUCCGUCGUAGUCACCCAUAUUCUGGUAUAUAUAUUAUGUAAUUAUUUUUGAUUUCGUCGUAAGCUGUUCUAAGCCAAAAACAUAUAAUUACUUAAUUAAUAACAACUGUACGCUUCGAAGUUUAUAUGAUAUAUAAAUAACAUUAUUUGUACCAUAUCUUUUUAGUAAUUUAAAAUAAUGCACUAAAUUUUUUUCCAUUCUUUAGUAGUGAGGGGAAACUACCGAAAAUAAAAAUUAACUUAAUUUGUGGCUCGCUAGUCCUAAAGUUACCCAUAACUGAAUUUAUCAGCUCAAAAUAAAAUUCGCAUAUAAAUUUUCUUGAUAUUUGAA